AUGGCUGACACCAAGAGCUCGGCCGAGGACGUAAGCCCCAUCGAGCGCGUCAACAAAGCCGACUCGGCAGGCACUUAUUUCUCCGAGAAAAAGGAUGCCCUCGACCAACAGUCGUCCCACGAUAAACCGACCGCCGAGGAGCUGGUCACCCUCCGGCGCGUGGCCUCCAAGAUCCCGCUCAACAUCUACUCCAUAGCCUUCAUCCAGCUCUGCGAGCGCUUCUCCUGGUACGGAACCGUCAUCGUCUAUACCAACUUCAUCCAGAUGCCCAUGCCCGAAGGCUCCACCACGGGCGCGCCCCUCACGCGAGACGGCCAACCGGGUGUCCUGGGCAUGGGCCAACAAGCCUCGACCUCCAUCACCCUCACAAACAUGGCCAUCGGAGCCUGCAUGCCUCUCCUCGGCGCCUACAUCGCGGACCAGCACCUCGGCCGCUACAAGACCAUCUGCGCGGCGCUUGUGGUCGCCAUCCUGGGUCACUUGGUCCUUGUUGUGGCCGCCUCCCCACCCGUGCUGGCGCAGGGACCCUCAAAUGCCCUCGGCGCCCUCAUCACCGGCAUGCUGACCGUCAGUCUCGGCGCCGGGGGUUUCCUGCCAAACAUCAGCCCCAUGAUCGCCGAGCAGAUCGACACAGAAAAGGGUCCUCGAGUCACAGUCCUGCCCAAGACGGGCGAGCGCGUCAUCGAGAAUCCGGCCGUCACAAUUAACCGUGUGUACAAUUGGUUCUACCUCUUUAUCAACAUCGGUGCCUUGGUGGGCCAGAUAAGCAUGGUGUACGCCGAGGCAUACGUCGGCUUCUGGCUGUCGUUCCUGCUGCCGGCCAUUAUCCUCUGCUUCUGCCCCUCCAUCAUGUGGUGGGGCCGCAAGCGCUUCAAGACCAGAAAGCCCACAGGCAGCGCCUUGAGCAAGGCCUUGAGGACCUUUUUGUUGGCCAACAAGGGGAGAUGGCAUAUUCUGCCAUGGGUCACCUAUCAGAGGCUCAACGACGGGACGUUUUGGGAAAACGUCAAGCCGAGCAAGUUUGCGCCCGGAACGAAGCCCAAGUGGAUGACCUUUGAUGAUGCCUGGGUUGAUGAGCUACAACGCGGAUUCGCCGCCUGCCAGGUGUUCCUUUGGUAUCCCAUUUACUGGCUGUCCUAUGGCCAGAUGAACAACAACCUGAUCUCACAGGCGGCUACCAUGAAGCUCGAUGGAGUACCCAACGACCUGCUGACAAACCUAGAUCCCAUAACCUUGAUCAUCUUGAUCCCCAUCUUCGACUUUGUCAUCUACCCCUUCCUCCGCAAGCACAAGAUCAACUUCACGCCCCUAAAGAAGAUCACAGCCGGCUUCCUAGUAGGCGGCGCGGGCAUGAUCUGGGCGGCCGUGGUACAGAACAGCAUCUACAGCCUCUCCGAGUGCGGCAACAUGGCAUCCGGCACGACGGCCACCGGCGACCAGUGCCCGCCCGCAACCCUGUCGGUGUGGGCGCAGACGGGGUCGUACGUCCUAAUCGCGCUGUCCGAAAUCCUGGCCUCCAUCACGUCGCUCGAGUACGCCUUCAGCAAGGCGCCCAAGAACAUGCGCUCCACGGUCCAGGCCAUCGCCAUGUUCAUGACGGCCAUCAGCAGCGCCCUGGCCGUGGCGUUUGUGCCGCUCAGCACCGACCCGUUGCUGGUGUGGAACUACGGGAGCACGGCCGUCAUCGCCAUUGUCGGAGGCGCCUUGUUCUGGUGGGUCUUUAGGGAGUUGGAUAGCAAGGAGGGCGAGCUCAAUGAACUCCCAGAGGGCAAGUUGUUUGCCGACAGGGAUGAGGAGGACUAG